AUGCCGGAAAAGACUGGCACGAGGCAAGCUACGCUGGGGAAAUUCUUCGGGUCUGACAGACAAAAUUCCACAGAUGCCGCGAAGCGUCAAACCACACUGUCCUUCUCCAAUGGGAACAGGAGAAAAGAAAAAACCACGAGUGACAAGCCCGUGAAGGAGCCGAAAGAAAGUGAGGGCCAAGAUGACAUGGACUUGAAUGGAGACGCAAGCGCAGCCAACAAUGGGUCGACAUCGCCUACAAAAGGUGUCAAGAGAGACCAGUCUGCGGAAGCAGAAGAAAGCGAUGAUUCAGAUAUCCAGCCCGCCACCAAGAAACGGAGGAAGAACGCCAAAAGCCCCCGUCCCAGGAAGUCUGCCAAAGAAAUCGUCGCCGAGCGUCCAUCGUCGCCUAAGGUAUCGAAAAAGGCCUCUGGUGAAGUGACACCCGUGGAAGAAGACGCCGAUGAACCAGCAGAAGACCCCUCCGCCAGCGAAGAGGAUGAAGAUGAGAAACCCGAAAUCAAGAAGAAGCAGAUUGAGAAGGUUCAGGCAACACUAAAAAGCACCGGCAACGAUCCGUAUCCUGACUGGAAGGCGGGUGAGCCUGUUCCAUACGCCGCUCUCUGCACGACAUUUUCUCUUAUAGAAAUGACGACCAAGCGUUUGAUAAUUUUGGCGCAUGCUUCGCUUUUCCUGCGACAGGUCCUUAGACUCACACCGGAGGAUUUAUUACCAACUGUUCAGCUGAUGAUUAACAAGUUGGCAGCUGACUAUUCGGGUAUCGAACUGGGCAUUGGAGAGUCUUUGAUCAUGAAAGCAAUUGGAGAAACCACCGGACGAAGUUUGGCCGUGAUCAAAGCUGAUCAGCAUGAAAUUGGCGAUCUGGGCCUGGUUGCAGCAAAAAGCCGAUCAAACCAGCCUACCAUGUUCAAACCAAAACCGCUGACCGUCAGGGGCGUCCACGAAGGCCUGCUCGCGAUUGCCAAGGUUCAAGGCCAUGGAUCUCAGGACAAGAAGAUUUCAGGUAUCAAAAAACUUUUGUCAGCAGCUGAUGCCGCCACGGCAGGCAAGGGAGCCAAGGGAAUUGAUAUCAAGCAGAAUAAAGGAGGCCCAAGUGAAGCAAAAUUCCUCAUCAGAUUUCUUGAAGGAAAGCUGAGACUCGGUCUAGCUGAGAAGACGGUUCUCGUUGCUCUUGCCCAAGCAGUGGUUGCCCAUGAAGCAGAACUCGAAGGCGGAAAGUCUGCCAGCGCCGAACGCCUUGCGCAGGGAGAGUCUCUGCUAAAGCAGGUGUAUAGCGAACUUCCAGCUUAUGAAGUCAUUAUUCCCGCUAUGUUGAAAGAGGGUAUUUUCAAUCUACCAGAUGUCUGCAAGCUACAGCCUGGUGUCCCGUUGAAGCCCAUGUUGGCUAAGCCAACCAAGUCCAUCACUGAAGUCCUAAACAGAUUCGAGGGUAAAGAGUUCACCUGUGAAUAUAAAUAUGAUGGUGAACGAGCUCAAAUCCACUACGUCUCACCGGAUUCAAUUCAUCAAUUUCCUAACGCAGCCACCACUCUCCAGAAAGAUGCCAAGGGCCUCAGUUCAAUCUUCUCGCGAAAUUCAGAAGAUCUAUCCAAGAAAUACCCCGAUAUCUUGGCAAAGCUUGAUACCUGGAUUAAGCCAGGUGUUUCUAGUUUUGUUCUCGACUGUGAAACAGUUGCCUGGGAUAUGGCAAACAAGAAGGUGCUUCCAUUUCAGCAAUUGAUGACCCGAAAGCGAAAAGACGUCAAGGCCGAAGAUGUCAAAGUCAAAGUCUGUGUCUUUGCAUUCGAUCUGUUGUUCUUGAAUGGCGAACCAACAGUGAAAAAGUCUCUUCGUGAGCGUCGCCAGCUCCUGCAUGAGGCUUUCCAGCCCACUGAGGGCGAGUUCGCAUUUGCUCAACAUUCCAACACCAACGAGCUUGACGAGAUUCAAAGUCUGUUAGAGGACAGUGUGAAAGCAUCUUGUGAGGGUCUCAUGGUCAAGAUGCUUGACACGGAAGAAAGUGGCUACGAACCCAGUAAACGAAGUCGCAAUUGGCUCAAGGUCAAGAAAGAUUAUCUUCAAGGUCUUGGUGACUCCCUCGACCUCGUCGUCUUGGGAGCAUACUUUGGCCGAGGAAAGAGAACUUCAGUCUACGGUGCGUUCUUAUUAGCAGCAUACAAUGCUAGCAAGCAAAGCUUUGAAACAAUCUGCAAUAUCGGUACCGGUUUCUCUGAAGCCUUACUCGAAGAGCUUCACAAAGAACUCUCCCCUCUUGUCAUCGACCGCCCUAAACCUUUCUAUGAGCACUCCACUGUCCCCAAAGACCAACCAGAUGUCUGGUUCGAACCUCGUCUAGUCUGGGAAGUCAAAGCUGCAGAUCUUACCUUGAGUCCACGCUACAAGGCCGCCUCGGAGGAAGUUGUUGGCACAUCCGGCGCAGAUGGCAAGGGUAUCUCGCUGCGUUUCCCUCGAUAUAUCAAAGCACGUGAUGACAAGAAGCCUGAGCAGGCGACUACCACUCGAGCUGUGGCGGAGAUGUACCGUCGUCAAGAGGCUGUAGCCAAGGAGACCGCAGGAAAGGGAGGUGUUGACGAUGAUUUUGAGUAUUAG